AUGUGCAAGCACUUCCCCCUCUCCACCAUCUCAAUCCCCUGCAUGAACGACGCAGAAGGUAUAACCACAAUGCCUGUCCCCGGCCGCCGCUGCCCCGCCUGUCUCGAACGCGGCGACACCGUCUGGGUUGUUCCGGGCAAGAAUUGUCACGAGUGUGGGACGCCGGUGAACUAG